AUGAAUCGAACUCGGCCAGCGAGGUCCAAGACAGGUUGUUCCUCCUGCCGUCGUCGCAAAGUACGGUGCGAUGAGACGAAACCUAUUUGCAACGCAUGUACGCGUUUAUCUUUAACUUGCUCUUAUGAGCCUAAUCGUACAAAUUCUUCAGAAACGCUUCGCUAUCGCCCACGUAUUGCCCCUGAAGCCAAGCUCAAACAAAAGCCUCUCAAGGAAAAUACAAGGGGCAAUGUAGAACCGAGCUGUAGCGGAAAUGGGCCGGACAAUUCCACCGUGCCGCAUCACUCUCCCGUUCAGGCCUCGCCCGGAGGCCCGCCUCCUCAGCAUGGCGCCGAGCCCAAGGUGGUUCCAGAACCCGGUAUGGUUAAUACCAACACCAUCUCACAGUUGGAUGUUUACGAAGCCCAAACCCAAUUGAACCCCGGUUACAUACCGGCCUUCUUUGAUCUUAAUAUGAACUUCGAUCUACUCGGCGAAGAGUGGCUAUCCCCACAUACUCCAGGAAAUCCAAUGCUAUCGUCUGAGUCGGAAUCAGAGCCAUGUCAGGUUGAAAUCCCGGGACCUGUUUCAAGUAAUCAGGACGCUACUGUUGUUAUCCGUCCUGAUGACCACAGACUCAUCCAACAUUUCUUGAAUGUUAUGACUGGCUUCUCCAAGAUACGUAGCACAGGCGAGGAGAACCUCUAUAGCCACAUUUUCAGUAACAUGGCGCUAUUCUAUGCACCAUUAUUCAAUACUAUAUUGGCGUGGACAGCCUUGCAUCUUGGCCAAACGAGGCCCGAGCCUGACCUAGUUCGGAAGGCAGAAGAGCGAUACUCACUUGCCAUCACAAUGCUGCAUCGAGACCAAACUGUCGCUAUCAAUUUUGAACGUUCUAUUGUUACUAUCUGGUUUGCUCUCCAGUUCGAACUCCUUGCGGCACGGGAUAUUAGUGGUUACUGCCAGCACCUGGAAUUUAUUGCAGAUCUUGUUGACGCUCACCGUCGCCACUUAAAAGCCGGCGGAGAGGCGACGCCACUUGGAUACGUCGGCUCUCGCAUGCUAGUCUGGCUAGGUGCAUACGAUGCUCGGGGGGCCUGGAUCGGAGGCACAGGACGUCUCUUGGAGAAUCUCGAGUCAUUCUGUGCGGAAUACAAUUUCAUAGACGCCGCGUUUCCAAACUUGCCUGCCAGUACGGAAGAUUUAAAACCUUCUCUCCGCUUAUCCCUAGAGCUCGACUUUUUGGAUAGCCGGAUUGUCCACUUACAUCGCAGGACGGGCCCCGCGCCAGUUGCAAUGUGGUCUAAUGUACAAUCCGGACUUAUUACCCUCCGCGAACGGUUUGAUCGCGAUCCUUCGGUUGCACCAAUCAUUUCUUAUAUUAACGAGCCGAGCCGCGCUCUCGCCGGUCAAAUUACGACGAAAUGUUUCAAUUGUCUACUACUGCUAGCAGCGUAUUACGGAGUUGUGAUAAACUACCACAGAAAGGUUCCCGCUCCUAUAUCUGUUAGUGUACCGAACAAACUCAAGCCAGCCGAACUGGCGGCAAUUUACAUCGUGCGUCUAGCAUCCUUAGUCGGUAGAUUGCGCCCACCCUCACCACAGAAUAUCUGGCCACGUCUUCUGUUCUUAGCCGGUAUCGAGACUACGGAUGUCGUUUAUCAGGACUGGGUGGUUAAGACACUUAUGGAGGCUGAGAUUUGGGGAGCUAAUUUUCGCAGGACCCGUUUGCUGCUUGAACAGGUCAUCAAAAUUCAGAGUACUAAAGGAGUCCGGGUUGACUACCUUGAUGUUAUGAAGCAACAUUCGGGCAUAUUCAUUGUCUAA